AUGGCUGGCUGGAAGAGUGGGCCCGUUUUGCUGAUCAUACUGCACCAUUUCUAUCAAAGAUGUGUUCCAAGCGGAAUUUCAACACAUGUUGAAAUAGCACAUAGAGCUCUGGAAUUUUUCAGUAAGCAUGAAGGGAAUGUUAAUUAUAGACAGUUGUUACUGAACCACCAAGAUGCAUUUCAGGCUGGGAGCAUUUAUCCUGAUGCCUUUUAUCCUUCAAUCUGCAAAAAAGGAAUAUUUCGUGAUGUCUCUGAAGACACUCAUUGGUCACCAUUCCUUAAUGCAAGUAUUCACUACAUCAGAAGGAAUUACCCUCAGCCUUGGGAAAAGGCUACAGAGAAGCUAGUGGCUUUCCUGUUUGGAAUUACCUCGCAUAUGGUGGCAGAUGUUAGCUGGCAUAGCCUGGGCAUCGACCAAGGAUUUCUAAAGGCCAUGGGAGAAAUUGAUUUUCAUGGUUCAUACUCAGAAGCUCACAAUGUUGGUGAUUUUGGAGGAGAUGUACUGAGCCAAUUUGAGCUGGACUUCAGUUAUCUGGUGCCAAAUUGGUAUGUACCUGUUGAAGACCUAGCAGCUAUCUAUCAGGAAUUUUAUGGAAGAGAGGUCAUAACAGAAGGCACAAUUAUUGACUGUACUUACCUGCUGUUUCUUGAACUGCAUGGAGAAAGGCUUGCUGUUGCCAAGCUUUUUCCAACAUAUGCUAGUAAAUCUCCAUUUCUGGUGGAGAAGUUCCAUGAUUAUUUCCUUGGAGGAGUAGAUGACAUGGCGUUUUGGACAAACAACAUUUUUGAGCAGACGAGCCAUAUGCUAGAAAAUGGAACAAGUGGCUGCUUCCUGCCUGAGAACCCUCUGUUUAUAAAAUGUACAAGGGAACACAAGAACAACUACCUAAGUAAACAAUCCAAAAAUGAACACUACAAGAAUACAACUUCUUCACUUACAGUAACAAUUGAAAAGAAUAUAAAGUACACAGAGAGAGGAGUUCGCUUCAAUAUACAGUCCUGGGCAACAAAUUCCCUCCGCUUCAUAAACAAUGCUUUUGCAAAAAAUGUUUUGAGAGUGUUAGCAGCCACACAUCAACAGUCUUCUAAGCACAUCUCCAAGCCAGCAGCAUCAUAUUUUUUGACUUUGCCCUAUGCUAGACUUGGAUGGGCAAUGAUUUCAGCUGACCUGAACAAAGAUGGAUCUGAAGAUCUGAUGGUUGGUGCACCAGGGUACAGCACACUGGGCCAUGUUCAGAUAGGCCGGGUAUAUAUAGUCUAUGGCAAUGAGUCAGGUUUGCCUCCAGAGGACAUGGAUCUAGAUGAGAAAGCAGACCAAGUACUAGAGGGUCAUCAGCCUUCAGGCCGGUUUGGUUCUGCCUUGGCGGUCCUGGACUUUAAUGAUGAUGGAGUGCCAGAUCUGGCAGUUGGAGCACCUUCUGUAGGAUCUCAGUUUCUCACUUACAAAGGUGCUGUAUACGUGUAUCUUGGCACUGAGGGAAGAGGCUUGGCAUCUCAACCAAACAUUACCAUAACUUGUCAGUAUUCCUACUGUAACCUUGGUUGGUCCCUGCUGGCAGCUGAUGUUGAUGGGGAUGGAAAUGCUGAUCUGGUUGUUGGCUCUCCGUAUGCACCUGGUGGUGGGCAGCAGAGAGGAUUUGUGGUUGCAUUCUACUCUUAUUUCAACAGAAGUGGCCAAGGUCUGCUCUCAGUAGAGGACGCCAACUGGAUGGUGAAGGGGGAAAAAAACUAUGCUUGGUUUGGAUUUUCACUUGGCAGCUGUCUGUUGGAGAACAUAACAUUGCUGCUGAUCGGUAGCCCUACAUGGAAGAGUUGUGUUGGCUGCAACCCCUUCUCAUCAGAUGUCAGACAGAGUGUUGGGAAGGUUUAUGGCUAUAAUCCACCAAGCGCAGAACCCUGGUUUGCAGUAACUGGAGACAAGGAAAUGGGCAGAAUGGGUAUGUCUCUUGCCAGUGGUGUAGUAUCUGUAGCUGGAAUCACAAGAACUAUUUUGGUGGUGGGCGCACCUACCACAGACAGUGUUUCUAGGAUUUCAUUUAUAUCCUCAGUGCUGCACCAAGCUGGAUUUGCUCUGAUGUAUGAUCUGACAGAUAGUGCCAAGCCUUCUUUGCUCAGCACUUUCAGUGGGGACAGAAGGUUUUCUCGCUUUGGAGGAGAUGUAUACUUAAGUGACCUGGACAAUGAUGGACUAGAUGAAAUGAUUGUGACAUCCCCACUACGAACCAACGAUAUCACUACAGUACUGUUUGGCGGGGCAGCCGGCCGUGUUUACAUUUACAGUGGAAACCAAACGACUUCAGGGAAUGUGACAGGUCAUUGCAAAUCAUGGAUAUCUCCCUGUCCUGAGGACUGGGCACAAUAUGUCCUGAUUUCUCCUGAGGAACAAUCAAGAUUUGGGAGUUCUGUUAUCACUGUGAAAUCUGAAAGAAAGAAAGAAGUUGUAGUGGCAGCAGAGAGAAGUUCAGUGAAAGCUCGACUUGGUGGAAGGGUUUUUGUCUACUCCCUCUAAGUUUUUGUGGUAGUCUAAGACAGGCCAGUGCUGUUUUUUUAUUGAA